AUUGGAAAACAAAAUCAUAUAAAGAAGCUGAAGAACGUCCUGUUGUACUACGUCGACCUCGUCAUCUACUUCAAUCAUUACGCGGUGAUUCGGUUAAUUGUAAACCGACAACUAAUUGGCGUUUAUUUUUCUAUCAAUUUCAGCAGGAUCAUGCUAAAGCUGAUUUAAUUUGGACUAUACGAACAAGAAAUGAAUUACGUGAAUCAAUGGAGAAAGAAUUACAAGAAUUUCAACAAGAACGUAAUUAUUUUGCACAAAGUCGUUUAGAAGAAUCAGAUCUACCAGAUUUUGAUCGAUCUGAACCAAUUGGUACUGGUCAAGCUGAACGUAUAUUUCCAAUUGGUUUAACUAGUAAAGCUCAAAGUACACCAAAUAUCUGUAAUAAUAAUAAUAAUAAUAAUAAUAAUAAUAAUAAUAAUAAUAAUAAUAAUAAUAAUAAUAAUAAUAAUAAUAAUAAUAAUAAUAAUGGGACAAUGAAUGAACAUUCACAAUUAUCCACAAUGGAUCAUCUUCAAUCUACUAUAGAAACUAAUCAAUUUGAUAAACAUGAUGAUAAAGAGAUUAAAUUGAAUUCAUCGAAAAUACAAAAUUCUAAUGAUCAUAAUGAUACACAAACUUUAUCAAGAUCAUCAAAUCUUAAUAGAAGAACACGAACAUCAGUUAGUCCAACUAGAAUACAAGCGGAUCAUUUAAUUAAUCAGGCAAGUCUUGUUUCAUGGAAUUAUAGAGAAUUUAAAGUGAAUUAUCCAAGUUUAAUCGAAGAACCACGUGUUGGCAACUAUUUUUUACGUUUAUUACUUGAAGAAGAUCGACAUGUGAAUGAAGUAAUUGAUGCAACUACAUUGACUAAUGCAAAUUCAACUAAUGUGUUAUCUAUGGGUCUAUCACGUAUUCGUGAUAGUACUGCAUUUUUCAAUGAAUUAUUUCGACGUUACCUUCAAUAUGUUGCAUCGGAUCCAUAUUAUUCCAUUAAUGAUAAUUCUAUUAAACGUUAUACAACUGAUUGUAACAAUUUAACACCCAAUACAUUACGUCGUCUUACAAUGCGUUGUUUAUGCUUACAUGCUAUGUCAGUUGUAUAUCACCGAUGUCAUCAUGAGAUUGGUCCAAUUACAGAUAUUCCAUUACUUACUUAUUUAUUAGAUCGUACAACAUUUGCAUCUGAAAGAGAUUGUCUUCUUUUACUAUUGGAUAAAUUAAUGUUGAAUAAGAAUAAUGUUAUGUCAUUUGUCGAUGCUGAUGGUGUACGUGUUCUCAUCGAUUUAGCAUGUUUAGCACAUUUACAUACAAAUCGAGCACCUACCCCAUUUCAAUCCAAUGUUUUAAAAGCUAGUUCUGAACAAGAGUUUUCAGGUACUGGUGCAAAUACUCAACGAGAAUGGUGGUAUAUUAAUACAACACAAACAGAACAAACAACUAAUGGAUCAAUAACCAAAUCUGGAUCUCAUUCUAUUCAAGGUCCAGUUAGUUUUUAUGAACUACAACAAUUGAUUAAAGAUGGACGUAUUAAUAAUGCUACAAAAGUAUAUGCCCAAGGUUUAGAUGCAACACCUCGUUGUCGUCCAGAUGGUUAUUUAGCUGAAGAUGAUUUUGUUGAUAUCAAAGAAGAUAGUAAUAACUUCAAUAAAUCAUCUAAUCAAUCACAAGAAAAUCAUUUAAAUAAUGAUACUAUAUCAUUAGAUCAUUCUGAACAAAUGAAUGAGAAAACUAUUGCUUGUGGAAUGUAUGGUUGGAUGCCAGCUAAACGUAUUGUACAAAUUCGUUGGACACUUUCUGAUAUUUCAGAUAUGAAAUUAUCAAAUUCAUCUAAUCUGUCUACUCGUUCUAAUCCAACUGUUAUUAGUAGUAAUAAUAAUAAUACAAAUAAUUCAAUUACUGGAAAUCAUGAAAUAAACGUUGGUUGUUUAAUUGAUAAAUUAAGUUAUACUGGUGGAAUGUUUACAAAUUAUACAAGUUUAGCAAUAAAAUGUAUAGAUAUUUUACGUCGAUUAUGUGAUAGUUGUUCAUCACGUGAUCUACAUGGUGGUGUUGUACGUCCAUUACCGAAACCACGUCGUGCUAUCUCCGAUAUGAAUUGUCUACCGCAUGUAAUUCAACUACUACUGACCUUCGACCCACCAUUGGUUGAACGUGUUGUCUCUCUUCUACAUGCUGUUAUGGAUCAAAAUCCUUUUCUACCACGACUUUACUUAACUGGAAUAUUUUAUUUCAUAUUAUUAUACACUGGUAGUAAUGUUUUACCAAUUGCAAAGUUUUUAAAAGAUGUUCACUUAUUACAAGCAUUACGCUUAGAUGAAUUCACUGGUUCAUUAGGAAUUGAUUUAACCUCACGAUCAAUUCUGGGCAAUAUGUUGCCUGAUGCUAUGAUUGCUUACUUAGAAAAUCAUCCACCAGAAAAAUUCGCAGAGAUUUUUCUUGGUGAUUUCGAUUCACCUGAGGCGAUAUGGAAUUCAGAGAUGAGACGUUAUAUGAUCGGUCGAAUUACAUCACAUUUAGCAGAUUUCUCACCACGUUUACAUAGUAAUAUACGUGCUAUUUAUCGAUUUAUCGGUAUGCCAAUUAUCAUUUAUCCACAAUUGGAAAAUGAAUUAUUUUGUCAUAAUUAUUAUUUACGUCAUUUAUGUGAUCUACAACGUUUUCCUGAUUGGCCUAUACGUGACCCGGUAGCAUUAUUACGUGAUAUAUUGAAAACAUGGCGUGACGAAUUACAAAAGAAACCAGUGAAUAUGUCUUAUGAAGAAGCAUUAAGUGAACUUGGAUUAGAUCCAGCUCUGUUAAAUUCGUCAAAUGAAGAGUCAUUUAUUCGCCGAGCUUAUUAUCAAAUGUCAAUGAAAUAUCAUCCGGAUAAGAAUCCAAAUGGUCGAGAGAAAUUUCAAUCGUUAACCAAAGCUUAUCAAUUUCUAUGUAAUCGUAGUAAAUUAUCACGUGGUCCAAAUCGUCUACAUAUUCAAUUAAUGCUUAGAGCUCAAAGUAUCGUGUACAAACGUUAUCGUUCUUUACUUAUUUCAGAGAAAUACGCUGGUUAUCCAAUGCUUGUAGCGACUAUACUUGCUGAAAUAUCUGAUGAUAAAUUAUUCUCGUAUGGAACACAAAAAUCGGAAGAUCAAACUGAAAAUACUGACACUACUAAUAAUAAUUCACAAUCUUCAACAUCAAAUAACAAAAAUCGAUCCAAUGAAACUGUAGAGAAUGCUGUUCUACUUGUUGCUGCAACAGAAUUAACUUAUGAAACUGUGGUUACUAGUGUAUUGAAUGCAGAGGAAUUACGCCGUGAAAAUGGUAUACCCGUGUUACAAAAAGCAUUUUCACAAUGUUCUAAUUUUUUGUCACGUACAUCAAGUCGACCUGGACAUAUUGUAGUUGAAGUAUGCGGACAUAUUGUAUCAGUGUUGGCGGCUGCAUCUCUAUUUCCUUCUUCACGUCAAUGUAUACAAGAGACACCACAAUUGUUGAAGGAUACAUUAAGAUUAUUAUAUUAUAAAAAUUUACCGAAACUUUGUUGUUUAACUGCAACUUGUAUAGCGUCAUUUUGUAUUGAUUAUUGGCUAUGUGUAACAUGUUAUGAAUAUGGCGGUUUGUUUCUUCUCCUUCAACAUGUAUUGAGCUACGAUUUCACACUGGAAGAAGCCGGUGUUGAAAUUAAUGAAGAAACUAAUUCACAAGUUUUAGCAAAUCGUCUAGCUUUAUUAUCAUUAUGGGCUAUUGGUCGAAUGGUAAAUGGUUAUGCAACUGGUCGUGAAGUAACAGAAGAUGGUUAUUUAAUGCGUGAAGGACCAGAUGUAAUGGAAGCAUUAAGUCGUUUAUUAACACCACAUUUAGCUAGAAAAAUUCUUGAAUUAAAUAUAUAUGAUUCAAGUCAAAUUGGUCGAUUAAGCAAUGGAAAUAAUGAUUCACAAAUUUUACAUGAUUUCCCUUUGGAUACAUCUAGAGGGAAGUAUUUACGUUCAUUAGCAAAAUUAUUAACUACAAAUUCUGUAACACCAUAUUUAAUAUGGGAUAAUCGUUGUAGAGCAGAAUUGGAAACGUUAAUUGAUCUACAAGUUGUUCGUUUAAUUAAAACUGGUGAAUGUAAUUUAAACUCUGUUCUAUCAUUUACUCAUGAAUCGUAUGCUCAAGAACUAUUAGUUGGUGAAGUGUUUGUCAGAUUAUAUAAUAAACAACCAGCUUAUACAUUAGAUGAUCCUAAAGGUUUCAUCAUUGAUCUAUUUCAAUUUCUUACAAAUGAAUUACAAAAUCUUAAUUCAGAGAAAGUUUAUGACACUAAUCAACAAUUAAAUCGAACAAAUCGAGUUGAUUCAGAAUUACAAUUUAUGAAUAAUAUAAAAGAACAACAUAAUGAUGAAGAUGAAGAUUAUCUAUCUGUGGGUGAUACAAUCAAUAUAGAUGAUGAAAUUGAUUGGGGUGUUGAAGCGAAUCAUAUCACAAAUCAAUGUGUAUCAAAUGUUAGUUCAGCUUUAGAAGCAUUAACUAAUGUUAUACGUCAUAAUACUGGUUUAGAAAUUCAAUGUAUUGGACAUUUCUCCUUACUAUUCUCUAUACUUGAUUUACACGAUCAUCCUGAAGUUCAACUACGGGCUUUAGAUGUUAUUCAAGCUGUUUCUACAAAUCCACAAUGUCUUGAAGAUAUGGCUGCAUCUCAUUUAUUAACUUCGUUAGUUAUGUUGUUCUUAGUUCUUCCAAGAGCUCAUCUUGUACUUAUACAAACUAUGGAACAUUUAAUUUCUUCAUCAUUAUUAUUGAAAGAAUUUAUUUAUGCUGGCGGUUUAAUUUAUCUAAUGGAAAUAAUAUGUCAAUCAUCACAACAACAAACACGUUAUGCAACUGUAGAUUUAAUAUCACAUUGUUUAAUUAAUAAACAAUUUGGUCGACGUAUACAAGCAAUUAUGAAUCAAUAUUUACCAAAUGUAUUUGUUGAUACAUUAAAAGAUCAACCGGAAACAUUCUUAGCGUUAUUCGAUGCUGAUCAUGAAAACCCUGAGGUGAUAUGGGAUUCUAAUUUACGUAGUAUGUUAACUAAAAUUUUAAAUGAACAAACACACAGUUUCUAUCAUUCACAACUUGAAGAUCGUAAUAUCAAAUGGAAUUUAUCCGAUUCAUUUAAAGUACCAUAUACAGAAGUAAUCGCUAAAAAAGCUAAUGAAGAGAAUAAAAAUAAACCAAAUGAAAUUGCUCAAUAUGUUGCAUGUCUUGGUCCAAUUCAAAUAGCUAAUGUCUAUUUACAUUUAUAUAUAUCACAUCCUGGUUGGACAUUACGUAAUCCGGAAUUAUUUUUAAAUGAAUGUAUGGAAAAAUGGAUUGAGGCAAUACAUCAAUUACCAAAUUCAACUUUAUUAGUUAGAUUAUUAACUCGAGCAUGUAAAACUGUACUGACUGAUCGUCCUGGUCUUACGGAUUCUUUGCCUCGAUCUGGUAAUGUACAUAGAGUUUUAGAAUUAUUAGCAAAAGUCGAUGAUCCAGAAGGUGCUAAAGCGAUUGUCAUCAUUUUACAUCAGAUGUCAGCAAGUAAAUCCCUUAUUCCCAAACCAGACUCAGUGGUCUCAGAAUGCACUAGCAACGCUUCGAAGACGCCUAUAAACGAAUAUUGAUAACCCACGAAUAUCCUCUUUCCUUAGCGGCCAUACUCAUACGGUAGGAAGGAGCGAACUACUGUGCAGUUAACAUAUCCUUUGGUUGUCAGAAGGGUAUCUCGCCUACGCCACAAGUGACGCAAGUUUGCAAAAGCUAACAACCAGCACCAUUAUCUUCCUUUUUACAUAGAACGCGAUUUCUAUCACCCCAUCAUUUAACAAAUUUUAUCAGGUAGUUAAAGGCAUUCGAGAAGAAGCUCAAUGUCUAUGUUUCACUCUACUUUUUACUUGUCAGUAUGACUAAUGUUUAGGGAAUUGAUGUCUAUUUAAGUGUGCUGCAGUCAUGAAUGCUACCACUAAAUUACUUGGUCUGAUGGUGACUUGUGAUAUAACAGAAAUGUUUACUUAAUAACCAAUCACUAAGUGUUAUUCGAUAGCAUGCACUUUAAGGAAUAAAAAACGUGGCACUGUAGUUCUAUAAUCACACUACCCUACUUUAUAAAUCAUUGCUUAGUUACUGAGUUGUAUUGAUAUUUUCUUGAAUGUUAGAGGGAGAGCUGUAUUUAACAAUACACGAACAUAGCAACAUCGUGUGAAAUAUCAUAUACGAGCACUGAUUAUCCAUGAAGCAGAAUAAUGUGUCGUCACUGUUAUAUCUGUACACGUAAACAACCAUGGAGAUAAAUUCGAUUAAGAAAAUGUCGAAAUUCUGGAUUCAAGAAAUUGUAAAAGUAUCAGGAAGUUUCUAAAAAUAUGAUAUUCAAAUGAGUUUACAGUCCACGUGUGAUGUAUAGCUGAACAGCGAUUACCACGACGCGCAAUGCUGUCUAGUGUUGGAAAUAGUUGGAAGAAUGUUAGGGGCGACCAAACCAAAAUGUGACAUCCGAGCUUGAAGUCACUAACCUGUAGUCUGAGCCAUACUGGUAGAUGCAGACUGCUUGGUUGGGGUCCGAGUGACUAUCCUAACGAAUAGUUGAAGACUCUGUGUGACAUGGCUCAGAAUCGAACACAAUGGCGUAGUUGUAUCUUGAGUGCUGUUAGACGUAUGAGGGCGGCUAUCACUUCCAGAUUGCCUACACCGUGGAAGGGUUCUGUAUGUACCUGAAAAGGAAAUAGGAUUUGAGGUGGUUUUAGUGACCCGAGAGCGCGACCGCAGUGCAGAAGGGACAAGUGCUUAAGGUCGGUUACACACGACCUUUUUAUGAGUGCUUUUUGUGUUAGCUCCUUAUUUGUUGAGACCUUACCACCGGAGGCUGAUAUUUGUGGGGUAAGGCAAGGUGUGCAUUUUUAGGGUCAACCUUUUCUAGUCCGACCCCUUCUUGUGGGAUAGCAGCAUCGCUGUCAUGCUGGUUGUCUGAAGGAAACACCUUUCUGACGUCACACCUCUUUACAGUCAGCAGUACGAUUUCGUCUUGGGUUUGUUACUUUUAGUCUUACCACUCUUCAACCGACAUGUCUGGCAUAGUUGUUGUAGCUGACUGACUGACUAAAAUUAAUUAAGCUUAUCAACGUGUCUCUGGUCUACUAAUCUAAACGAGAGAAAAAAAGCCAAUCAACCAUAUGAUUCAAAGUCAACUAGACAUGACAAUCCAUUUGAAUAUGAAGAACAAAUGAAAAUAACCAAUUACAUAAUAACAAUCACUAUAACAAUUUGGCUUAAGACACAUGGACUGAGCUCAUCUCUACGUGAAAUAAUCAACUAUGAAUAUGAUCCAGAAUAAUAAUGAAAUAUAUACGCAUUGACAUUCAUUAGUGUAUUCAUUGUGUAUUUGUUUGUUUGCUUGUAUUUCAUUUCUUUUAGUUAUGUGUACAAUCAAUGUCAGAAAGUAAUACAAUUAGUGGUUUAAUUCGUAUUGUUAAUCGUUGUAUCGGUGAAGAAUUAGGUUUAAUUGGUGAAACAUUAUUUUGUCUAUUUGAUACACAAUAUUCUGAUCCAUUAAUUGAACAAGCUUUAAAACAUGAUCUUAUCGGUUUUAUAUUACGUAUGCUCCAAAAUGGUUUCCCAUCUUCAGUACGAGAACCCGGACAAACUCGAGCCUAUCUCAUAAAGGCAUUAAAAGCUAUGCAAUACAGUGCUAUAUAUGGUGCUAAGGUGACUUCAAUUCUUGAAACAUAUCCUAUUUGGGCAGAUUAUCGAGAUCAAGGUCAUUCUUUAUUUAUUGCUAAUGUACCACAAUCAAUGACAACAUAUUUAACAGCUGGUCCAGCAUCAGGUAGUUUACAUAGUGGAUAUUUAACAACAUCACAUGAAAUAACUCCGUCAUCUUUAUCAAAACCUUAUUGAUGAAAUAAAACAAAAUAAAAUGAUCCAUUUCAUCAUUUAUUCAUUCAAUUACAUACUUGUACUCAGGAUAAUUAAUCUCCAUUGUAAUUAAGUGAAAACAAUCUCUUUCUCUCUCUUUUUGUUUUCUUUUUGGAAUCAUUUAUUACUAUUCCUACAUUACAUAAACAUGAGUACACAUGCACACACACACACACACACUGAAUCUACUGUCGUGUAUACAUGUUUUUACAGUUUGCUCUUCAAAUGUCUCUACAUAAGUGUGAUGGUAUUCAUGCUGAUGUUGAUACUGAUGAGGAUGAGAAGGAGGAUGAUGAUGAUGAUGUUAGUACACUUGUAAUUACUGAUGAUAUAUGAUUAGAUAGAUAUUCAUGAUUUCAAUCAUUAUGUAACACUAGAAAUUCAAUCCCACCACCACCACCAUUGUUAUUAUUACUAAUUUGUAUUAUUUUAAUAUUCAAGUUGCUAAGCAUUUUUCUUAUGAAUUAUGAUUAAUAUUAUCAUCAUCACUCAAUGUACAGAAUAAAGUAAAGUAGAUAAAAGGAAAUUAAAUUGCAAUUGUGUACGUGUGUGUAUGUGUGUGUGUGUAGGAAGGGUGUUGUUAUUGUUUUGAUAUUUUCUAAAUUGUAAAACAAAAUGUACUUUUAAAUCAUUUCAAUAUUCUUUAUAAUAAUGAAACGAUUGUAUUUAUAAUAUGUAAUAAUAAUAAUAAUAAUAUAAUCUCUUUCUUACGGUUAUAA